AUGUCUCGCCACCAUCCCGAUCUCGUCAUGUGCCGCAAGCAGCCCGGCAUCGCCAUCGGCCGCCUCUGCGACAAGUGCGACGGCAAAUGCCCCGUCUGCGACUCUUACGUCCGUCCCACGACCCUUGUCCGCAUCUGCGACGAGUGCAGCUUCGGCAACUAUCAGAACAAGUGCGUCGUCUGCGGCGGCGAGGGCAUCUCGGACGCUUUCUACUGCUUCGAGUGCACCCGCCUCGAAAAGGACCGUGACGGCUGUCCCAAGAUCAUCAACCUGGGCAGCUCGCGUACGGAUCUAUUUUACCAAAAGAAAACGAAUCGGUCUACAAAUUACUAG